GCCUGGUCACGACACAGAGGAUACGAUUUCCUCACUUUACAACAACUAUCACUACAACAGCAGCUCGAACACGCUGGUGACAGGAUGGAAGAAAGCACCUACUUCUGUUACGCGGAAGGCGUCCACGCCGACUGGCUGCGGCUCGGAAGUCUGGCGUUCGACUAUGCAAAUCCACGCACAAGAACGCCUUACAUUCACAAGCCCAGCAAGAGCCUGCUCGACGACCCUCCACAGGCAGCGGAAGAUCAAAGACCGACUUGUUACAUGGCAUUCGAGCGCGGCAAAAGUAACAGCUUUGGCGCCGGUCUAAAGGGCUUGCUGGAAUUCGACCACGACCGUGCCGGGAGUAGUUACUCUUUGGUGGUGGGAAAAAAUGGCAGCAAGAUCGAACUGAACAGCCCUGAAAAUUACUUUUCGAAAGUCAUCUUGGAAGAUCAAAACGCGAAGCUAUGGCUUCGAUCUCGCUUGUCAGUGUUCAGUAGGUGGGACGCUCUCAAGAAACGGAUGAGCUUUCGCCCCGAGAUCUGGAUGGUCACUGGAAUUUUUGUCAUCAAGGAUGCAUUCUACUACACGACUAAGUCGAAAGAAGUCUCAACUACAGCUAAGUCGGAAAUACCAAUCCCUGAGCCGACCGGCAUAGCAGAGCUCCUGGAUCUCAAAGUGGGCUUACAUGCUCAGUUGAGCUCCACCACGAUGGUGACUGCCGGCGGACAGAUUCUGGGAGAGAGGGUCUGGGCAGCACAGUGGCAGCGGGUGGGCACCAAGAUCAUCAAAGACGAAGACUGGGAGACAAUAGCGCCCAACAAGCUGCGGCUUCUGCCGCUCCGUACUCAAGCUGUAAAGGGCGGCCCGGAGGUGGCAGAGUUGAGUUUGGGACAGGAGCAGAGUUUGAUGGGCAGUGAUGGGAACGAGACGUUGGCUGAAGAAGCUGACGCCUGGCAGGAAUUUGAGAAGGAUGCGCAGAACAUCGAGAAGAAGCUAGAGUCGAUUGACUAG